CCUUUGGCAGCAGCAAUCGGGGGGCAGGACCAAGCAGGGACUGGUCUCAACGGCUCAGUGGGCUGCAUGCGGCCCGCGGGCCGUAGGUUGCCGACCACUGCUCAUGGCACUUGAGAAGGCUGUGUUUGUGAAUGUGUAUAUAUACACACAGAUCUUUUGAGCUGAAGGAAGACUAGCUCUGGUACUAAAGCUCUUUCCACACUCUGUGCCCCAGGCUGCCUUUGGAGGGAAGCAUUGCUAUUUUUUCUUUCUGGCCAGGGGUAGGCAUCAAAUGACCUUCUAGAUGUUGAUGGGCUGCAGCUCUCAUCAGCUCCUUGGUUAGCUGAAGUAAUAAGUGAGGAGUGCAGGGAAGUUCAAUCUACUGACAUUUGGAGGGCCACAGGAUCCCCUGUCCUGCCUUAGGCUUGAAUCAUGUGGGUAAUCUCAGCUGGACACUUUUUUGUUUUUUUCUGAUGGAGAAAGAAGGAGCCCAACAGAGGAGCCAUUUGUGAUUCUAUCCCAUCAAUUUGUCUUCAACAUACAGGACCCUGUAAAUGAGAUGCCUCAAAGGGACCCUUUUAUUAAUGGACUUCCUCAGGUCUUGCAAGCUCAGCACCUUGUCUUCCUUGGUGGAGUCAAUCCCUCUGUGUUGGGGCCUCCCUCUUUUCCUUCUGCCUUUGAUGUUAUACAUACUAUUAUCAUCUUUUCCAGUGAGUUGUGUCCUCUCACAAUGUGUCCAAAAUAUAAUAACCUUGAUUUAGUCAUUGUGGCUUCUAGGGAGAAAUCAGGCUUGAUUUGGUCUCCAGAACUAUGGAAAGAGGAUAGUCUCUGUGGAAUUCCUCCUCUACGGAAUAAACUGCAGGAAACAUGCCUUUGGAACAGGUUACUUUUGGGGAUGUGGCUGUGUAUUUCACAGAGGAGGAAUGGAACCUGCUGGAUCAGAACCAAAGAACUUUGUACAUUGAAGUCAUGAUGGAAAACUAUGAAAAUGUGUCUGUCCUGGGAGAUCCCUGGAGGAAGACAAAUGUACGCACUGAUCUACAUCUUAGGAGCUGCCAGACAGUCCAUAUACCAGACGAAGAAUACAGAUGGCAAGAGAUUAGAAAAUAUUUGUCCUAUUAUUCACAUUUUGUGAGCUACACAAGAGUCCAAACAAGAAAGAAAUCAUACAGAUGCCAAAAGUGUGGAAAAUGUUUUGCUCUCAACUCACACCUUUUGAAACAUCAGAGAGCCCACACAAGAGAGAAACCAUUGAUAUGUAAGGAGUGUGGAAAACGUUUUGUUCACAGAUCAGCAAUUGUGAUUCAUCAAAGAGUGCACACAGGAGAGAAACCACACAGAUGCCAUCAGUGUGGAAAACAUUUUGCAGACAUUUCAAACUUUUUGAAGCACCAUAGAAUCCACACAGGAGAGAAACCAUACCAAUGCCAGCAGUGUGGCAAAUGUUUUGCUCACAAGUCACACUUUAAAGAACACCAGAGAGUUCACACUGGAGAGAAACCAUACAAAUGCCAGCAAUGUGGGAAAUGCUUUUCUCAGAAUUCACACAUUUUGAGGCAUCAAAGAAUCCACACUGGGGAGAAACCAUUCAAGUGCCAUCAAUGUGGAAAAGAUUUUUCUUGCCGUUCAAAUCUUGUGACUCAUCGGAGCAUCCACACAGGAGAGAAACCAUACAAAUGCCAGCAAUGUGGAAAAAGUUUUUCUCGGAAUUCACUCAUUUUGAGACAUCAAAGAACCCACACUGGGGAGAAACCAUUCCAAUGCCAGCAGUGUGGAAAAGGUUUUGCUCGCAAGUCAGACCUUGUGAUUCAUCAGAGAUUGCAUACAGGUGAAAAGCCACACAAAUGUCAGGACUGUGGGAAAUCUUUUGCUGACAAGUCAAACCUUAUGAGGCACCAAAGGGUCCAUACAGGAGAGAAACCAUACCAAUGCCAACAGUGUGGGAAAUGUUUUGCUCACAAGCCACAUGUUAUAAUCCAUCAGACUGUCCACACAGGAGAGAAACGCUUUAAAUGCCAGCAGUGUGAGAAAUGUUUUUCUCGGAAUUCACACCUUUUGAGGCAUCAGGGAGUGCACACUGGAGAAAUCCAUUCAAAUGUUAGGAGUGUGGGAAAUAUUUUGCUCACAAGUCAGCCCUUGUGACUAAUCAGUGUCCACACAGGAGAAGAAUCAUACAAAUGCCAUGACAAAACAUUUUUCUAGAUCUUUGGAUGUGUUAUGGGCAGCAGGGGAGGAUUACCUCGUGGCCUCUAUGAAAGGCAGAGUUCACCUCGAGUGUGAAGGCUGGAUACAGUUAGGCCUGAUGAUCCAGAGUACAGUAUUGCUGAAAGUCAGUCCUUGGGAUUAAUCAGAGAAUCCUUCCUGAAAAUGUCAGCAGUGUGAGGAUUGCUUUGCUCAGAAUUCACAUCUCAAUUCACAUUAGGUACCAAUAGUGUGAGAAAUGUUGUGGUUGUGACUGAAGCCUUUUGAAGCCUCAGGACUUUCAGGAAAGCAGUCAUGACUUGCUUAUGUUUUCCCGCGGAGCUCUGUGUGAGAAGAGGCUUUGAUGGCAUUUUGCCAGUUUGGCAAGGAAUUCUACUUAGUGGAAUACUAUCCAGAUCAAGGGAUGAAUGUAACAUUACCCACUCAAUGCCCAGGUUUCUCAGCUGGUUUGGGGGAAUUAUGUUCAAUUUGUUCAAUGUAUGAAAUUAAGAAAGAAGCUUCAUAUUAAGUAUAAAUAAUUACAAGGGAUAAAUUAAAGGCCAUAUUUAACUUGCUUUUGAAAUAAUAUGCCUAGUUUUUUAUUAUUUGAUGCUUGAUGUUUGAUCUGUCAAAACAAAAUUAGUAUAUAAGAAUACUUUAUGAUAUUAAAUUCAAAGAGGGUUUUAAAAUGUGAUAAGUAAGAGAGCGAGAUAUGAAAGGUGUUUAUAGUUUUCAAGAUUUCAAGAACUCUUCUCUGUGGUGUAUCCCCCAGAUCCAGGCCACAGCCAAGCCCUUUAGAUCCUUUCUCUACAAUAUUGCUAAAAUCUGUCCAUUUCCCUCAGCCUCUACUGCCAAGACCCUGGUCCACACCCUGGUGGUCUCACCAUUAGAUUAUUGUAACCUCCUUCUGGUAGGGCUUCCUCUCUCACCUCCGUCCAGCAUUCAGCUGCAUGCAUUAUUACAUCCGCUCUCGACUUUUACCAUGUUUCUCCUCUUUUAUCAUCCCUUCACUGGCUUUUCUUCCUCUUCCAUAUUCAGUAUAAGCUCCUGUUGUUCACUUUUAAAGCCUUGCAUAGGCUGGCCCCUCCUUAUUUAUCUAACCUUCUUCUCCUCACAUUCUCACUCAUGCCCUGAUAGUCAAGGUCUGCUGUCCCAGCCUAGGAUCUUCACUGCCCCAUCCUGGAUUCAUCCCUUCUCACUUGCUGCCCCUCACCCCUGGAGCCUUCUUCCCCCAGGAGCCGCACGGCUCAUCACUUCUUUAACCAGUGUCAAAACGGAUUUGAAGACUAUAUUGUUCAGGAAUGCAUUCCCAGACAUUGUGUGAUUGUUUAUCUAAUUGUUAUUUAAGAUCUGAUACUUGAUUUGAUAUUUGAUCUUUUUAAUUUGUUUGCUUUUUUAUCUAAUUCUAUCUUGUAUUAUCUAUUGUUUUAUAUAUAUAUUGUAGAAUGUACGCCAUUGGCAGGUUUCAUUUUUAUCACUUUUAUUGUUUGUAUGUACAGCGCUAUAUACAGUAAAUCUACAGUGCUAUAUAAAGUAUAAUAAUAAUAAUAAUAAUAAUAAUAAUAAUAAUAAUGUUAGUUGGCAUCUAUGCUGUAGUGGUGGAAUAUUAUUAGAGGGAGAUAUACUUAGAAGAGAAUAGAAAGUUCAUUAGUGCUAGAAUAAUCCUCUCACUGAAUGUGAUGAACAUAAAGAUUAUUAACCUAUUAUUGACUAUUUAUAGAAAUGAAAAAUACAUUUUAAUAUGUUUGGAUUGUGUUUAUUAUUAGGCAGACUUUACAGAGAAGAGUUAGGAUAGAGUUAUAAAAUGGCAUAACUGGUAAAAAGAAGAUGAGCAAUCACUUUUAGCUUUAUCUUUUUACUGCUAGUUUUUUGGCUAUCUGUUCUUUGUUUUUUCCUCUGUUUUCUUGGUUUUGUAUUUUGUAUUGUAUAUUGGUCUUUAUUUUUAUGUAUCUGGUAAAAUCAUU